AUAUAAACCAAGAAACCGGGCUGCUGAAUUUCUGCUGCUGCUACUGCUGAAGGAGCACGCGGUGAGAGGAGCUGGAGGUGACAGCUCGGGGAGGUGACAGUGCUUUAUUAUUAGUAGUAUAAAACGUGAGUUUUAAGUGAUAAAAGCUGAAAUAAAACUUUUAUUUUAUUUUUUUGCGAUUUCUCAGGAUGAAGUCGAGCUGACCCGCUCUUGAGACGCGAAUUAACUAACUGGAUGGACUGAAUAAUUACAAACUGGUUAAAAACUGCUGAAACAUGCUGAAAAGAUAGGAAAAUACGCAUAGUGAUGGUGGAGUCACUCGCCGUCACUGUUCCGCUUGAGUUUGGAGGUUUAUUGGAUGUUUUAGACGUGGGCAGACGUUAAAAACAGUGGGUUUGGACUGUUCGGAUAGCUAACUAGCGCUAGCUCUAUCAUACAGAUAGAGCGGCUGGCUCCAGUACCGCAGCAGCCGUACCGCAGCGCUACACACAGUGGCUCAACCCAGGAUGAGCUCGCUGCUAUUCGGCGACGGUCUGCCCCCGGCCGCCGCGAUGCUCACGACCCUCCCGGGAGGUAUCGGUGGUAUCGGAGGGUCCGGAGCGCCCGCAGCCGCCCUGAGGAACGACCUGGGCUCCAACAUCCACGUCCUGAAGACGCUGAACCUGCGCUUCCGCUGCUUCCUCGCCAAAGUCCACGAGUUGGAGCGGCGGAACAAGCUGCUGGAGAGCCAGCUGCAGCAAGCCGCCGAGCGGGCCAGGUACCACAGCCUGUUCGCGCGGGACGUCGCGGUGCAGACCGACUCCCCGCAGGAGCCGCGGCUGCCCGGCACGAUCUGGAGCUACACGCACGUGCGGAGGUCCGGGGAGCGGGUGGAGACCCUGCACGGGCCCGGGGUGUCCUGGACCCAUCCGGACGGGGUCGGGGUGCAGAUCGAUACCAUCACUCCGGAGCUCCGAGCCCUGUACAACGUACUGGCCAAGGUGAAGAGAGAGAGGGACGAGUACAAGAGAAAAUGGGAGGAGGAGCUGUCCAGACGAGAGCAGAUGGAGUCUAUGGUGGAAUCGCUACAGGAGAGUGCCCAGGAGUCAGAGGCCAUUCAAGAAGAGAUGAAAAACAAAGUGGAGAGGUUAAAGGCCGAGCUAGUCGUCUAUAAAAGCCUGAUGAGUGACCAAAUGUCUGAGCUGGACUCCAAGAUCCAGGAAAAAGCCAUGAAAGUAGAUAUGGACAUCUGCAGGAGAAUCGACAUCACGGCCAAGCUCUGUGAUGUAGCACAGCAGAGGAACUCAGAGGACAUGUCCUUAAUGUUCAACGUCAGUCCGUCCAGAGCUCCAGUGGGGGCUGUGGCCUGCAGGAGGAAGGAGAGGAAGGCUGUGUCAGACGAGGAAAGCUCAGAGAUGGAUGCAGAUACCAGCACAUCAGAGGAGGAAGUGCCUGGAUCUCUCAACAUUACAGACGAGAUGAAGAGGAUGCUCAAUCACCUACAUUGCUCAGAUAACUCGUUUGUUGCCAGGAGGGAGACUUUUGACAUUGACGACGAUUGCGACAGCUUGACGUGGGAAGAAAACGAAGAGACACUGCUGCUAUGGGAAGACUUCACCAACUACAACGUGCCCUUUGCAAUCAACAGCACAGCCAACGGUCCAGACGGUGGCGGAAACAGCCAGGAAGCUGCUUCGCAGGAUGGCAGUCUGGGCAGCCUCAUCGAUGAGACUGAGACUCUCUUCAAGACCAGAGAGCAGGAGUACCAGGCAACUAUCGGCCAGAUUGAGAUGGAGCUGGCCACAGCUAAGAGUGACAUGAACAGACACCUGCAUGAGUACAUGGAGAUGUGCAGUAUGAAGAGAGGGCUGGACGUGCAGAUGGAGACUUGCAGAAGAAUGAUCAAGGGGGGCAGGAAUUCUCCGUCCUUCAGCUCAGUAGCAAGCAGUGACUCAGGGAACACUGAUGAGAUUCAGGACGAGUCGGACAAGGAUGGAGACACAGACAGUCCAAUCAGCUGAUACCGGCCGAGCCUGGCCCCGCCCCUCCACCCUUGCUGAGCGCCAAUCAGCAGCUCCAAGGCCUCUCAGCAUUCGGCCGACGAUAAUGAGCAGUAUCAGUCCAAAGGAACUCUGAUGGACAGGGUCCCGUUUCAUUCUGAAAAUACUAUAGGUGCUUUAAAAGAAUGGGAGGGGGAGGUGAAGAGGCUGGUCGCUUUGCUCUGUGAGCGGUUUUUAAAAAAAGAGUCUCACCCAGCGUCUCGACUGUGCUCUCUUCCUCCGUCUGCUGGGGCUCCACACUGACCUCAAAGGGCAACCAUAGGGCAAUCAGACCUAAGUAACCAAUCACAAGCAUCGUUCACAGCACUGUCAAAGUAGAAAAGCCAAAAAUAUACCAAGCCUAGAUCACUGUUUUGUACCAUCAGUAUAUCUGUAGCAAAAAAACUAAAUAAAACACAGCAUUAUAGAGGGAUGCCAUAGAGAUACGUUUGUCUGAAAAGUGGCCAGAUUGUAUUUCUUUUCUUUUUGUUUGUUGAGUUCACCAACAUAGCGGCUAUUGUGGUUACUACACACACUCACACACAAGAAGCUACAGGGUAAUUAUGGUGCAGUCAGGCAUGAUUGGCAAGUUUUAAAGGUGUCAAUUCAUCAAGUCAGAAGAAAACUUCCAGUUGUUUUAUGUGGGUUUAUCCUAGCUAAAAUAUAGUUUAUAGUUAGGAAACAGAGAGAUGGCAAAAGUGACCAAAAGUGUCCAAAUUCCAUAUUAUACUCAGCAGCCGGGGUGUUGGCUGCUGUUCGCAUCGAACCUUCAACCCACACCACAGCCUCACCCACUAGAUCAGUUUAAGAAACACCAUUUUGGACAUUUUGCUUGAGAAUUUCAGGCAGUACACAGCAGGAUUAGCCAGCAGACUUCUUCUGAGGGAGGGAUCUGUACCUGCUGUCCGUGGCACGUCAGCAGAUGAGGGAGCUGUAAUGUAAGUUCUUUCAAAUAAUGAGUUAUAAGCAUGAACUAGCUUGUUCAUGUUUGGUCAUUUAGCACAAGCUAACACUGUGCUAACGUGUGGUAAAUGCUCAGCGUAAACAUGAUGCCAAUGUCAGUUUAACAUAGCAAACUAAAUACUACUGAUAAUGAUAUUUUGUUGAUAUUAAAUUGUGAUCCAAAUCCAUUGUCUUCCAAAUGCCAACAUCAUAUUAAUGUUAUUAAUUACAUUAAUAAGUAAGUGAUGUAUGGUAAUCAAAACCUAAUGCUGCUAAACAUUGUAAUUUUGUUAGAGUCCACACAACAUAAAAUGUUGAGAUGUUAAUCUCUUGUGACUUUAAUGUCCAACUUACAUUAACAACAUUUUUAUUUUCUGCUAAAAUUCAUCUUUUAUUUGCCGUUAGAGCACAACAUGGGAAGGACAAUUACAUGGGAAGGACAAUUACUCCCCACAUUACUAAUAAUGCUCCCAAAACUAGGAGGGUGAAAGCUAGGACCUGCCUCCUCCAAUACAUGAAAUAAGCCCCUCCUCUUUUCCCUCUGCUGCUGAUGUAGCCAGUUACUGGGUAGCCAGUGCACUUGGAGGAAAGUGCAGCAACCCAGCUCUGAUACCUCAGCUAACAGAGGCCUGUGCUGACCAACAUCACAUUUGAAGUGCUCUCUCUCUCUCUCUCUCUGACUCCGGCUGCUGAAGGCAAGCAGCAAAUUCGAAUUGGCAAUACUCGGAUCACAGUGGCAGCAGCUUAGCCUACUAGGUCACGUAUUGAAAAUUAAAAGAAAUUGAAAUAGUUUUUGUUGUAAACUCUGAACACGCUAUAAUUACCUUUCCCCACUCUGUGUGUGAUGUGGCUGCUGUGUUGGUGAAUAGCGAUAGCAUUCUGAGAGUUAGCUAAUUUUUUUAGAAUUUUAAAAUAUUAGUUUUAAUGUUCAGCCGCUCAUCACUAAUGGAAGCCCAGUGAUGCGUGUGGGACGCAGCACAGCUCACGCUAUAUCUCAGUUCUAUGCAAUCGGUCGGCCUUAUUUUUUCAGGACCGAUCUUUGUCUGUCUUUAUCUGUAUCAUUAUUUGCCUUCGUUAGCCGGGCAGAUGUUCCUCCCCGUCGUUGGUGUUUUCCGCUGUGGGCAGGAAGCUCGGAGGCCUGCUGCAGUGUUUACAACAGGACUUUGUUUAGGAUCAGUGGAUUCCCGCCUUUUUUCAAAAGCACUCUGCUAACAAACACACAGGCUAUUCAGUAUUUCAAAUCUACCGAAACCUAAAUCUCUAAUUCCACCGAGCUAUGUGCCUGAACUCACGAGGGGACGUUAUUUUGAUGGCCUUAUUGCGUCGCAUUGCUUUUUAGGAAACUCUGAUGCACUCUACUCGAAUGCGCUGAUAAACUUGUUUUACGGUUUCUUACGAUUGUUAUGAGACUUCUACAAAGACGAAGCUGCCUGAUGUAUUUUGAGCAGCUCUAAAUGACUUUGGAGAUUUCAGGUAGAAAUUCUGAUUGUAGAACAAGAUGUUUUUAUUUUUUUCUAAAUUUUAUACACUGCCUGGCCAAAAAAAAAGUCUCCACCUGGAUUUAAGUAAGUAAAUGAUGUGGGGUUGGUUGAUGCUGCAGUUGGUCUGCAGGUUUAGGUUCAGCAACAGUAUGUGCUGAAAGAAUGAGGUCAGCUGACUACCUGAAUAUACUGAAAAAUAUAGACCAGGUUAUUCCAUCAAUGGAUUUAUAUUUCUUCCCUGAUGAACACGGACAUAUUCCAAGAUAAGGCAAUGUCAGAGUUCAGAGUUCAGGGAGCAUGAGAUCAUCAUUUAUCAUUUUCACACAUGGAUUGAGAGAGUUCCCCACAGAGUCCAGAUCUUAACCUCAUUGAGAAUCUUUGGGAUGUGCUGGAUGGAGAAGAGAGGCUUUGUGCAGUGGUCAGACUCUACCAUCAUCAAUGCGACAUUGCAGAAUCUCAUUAAAACAAUGCCACAGUGGUGGUCCAACAAAAUAUUAGAGUGUGUGACUUUUUUUUUGGCCAGGCUGUGUAUUUUCAUUCUGUGAUUCUGAUUUUUUUUUUGGUUUUGUUCAUCAUUAGACCAGCAAAUCAACUAUAAAAUAUAAAAUCAGCAUACGCCAGCAUGAUCUUAUAAAAUGAGCCAACAGCUGUCAUUUGGCCAGCAGGGGGCGGUGCUCCAUAACAAUUCACCCUGUGACGAGGCUUAUAACAGAAAAUCAUUAUCAUCAUUUGUGUAGAAUUGUGUUUACUGUCAUACCUCAGUGGCCUUUCUGUUCAUGUUGCUCUCUCUGCAGUUUCUCAUGCUUUAUAUCCUUUCAGAAGUUGUUUUUAAAGCUGUAUAUUUGUGAAUGUGUUACCAUAGUAAGUUUUUUUUUUAUUAAUUUUGCUGAAAUUGAAAUGUAAAGAGUUUGAUCUUCUUUAGCCUUUGGUUUAAGAUUGAAAUCUCUGAAUGUCUGAAAGGUGCUGUUUUUAAAAGUGGGUCCAUGUCACCUUUAUGACCAGACUGGAUGCAGGCGAAAGGUAAAAUCAAUGUUUAUCAGAGUAAUUUGAAUCGAAAAACAAAUGUUCGCACAAAACAACAAUCAAUCAAUAUGAAUCCACACUUUGCUCUACUUUGAUUGUAAUGCUGUACUAUAUUUGUUGAAAAUCAUGUAUAGGAUUUCGUAAUCAAAGAUCUGCUCGAGGGUUUUGUAAAAUCUCCUUUUUUAUAUUUAUCAGGGUACGCAGGGGUGAUUGUGAUGCUUUUUUGUCUGAAGAAAUGAAAUGUUCAGUAACAGAACAGUAACAGCCUUUAGCCUGAAACAUUAACACAGCUGGUAAAAGUGUACAGAAGCUCAUUGCUGCUAAGUAGAGGAGAAACAUCACAACAGACCUAAGACUGAAGGUUCAAAAUAGAUUUUUUGAUCAGUAGAUGGUCAGUCAUUUUGAUGUUAAAUUACUAAGUCAAAUUCUUUAGUAGUCAAAGAAUUUAGUAGUCAGUGUCAAACAUUGCACAAUAUUGAAUAAAUAUUCAUUUUUAAAUAAUAGUUAAAAUGUGAAACAAAUUGGUUAUUAAUUUUUAGAAAAUGAAAUGGAUUUUUUUUAAAUUCUACAUCUAAAUUUUGGAAAGCUUUGUAAUAAUGAGAGAAAUGUAAAAAAAACUAGACAUUAUUUUGAGAUUUGUGUUAAAAAAAAGGUUAAAAGAGACAGUUAGUCAUUAUAUUAAGAUAUUAAUAGCAAUUAUGUAAAAGGUGUUUAUUAUUUUGAGAUACUACAUUUUUAUAGAGAUUACCUAUUAGAAAACAUUAGAAAACCUAUCCAUUAUUGUUUAGAUAUAAGUGAUGUUUUUGAGUCAGUCAAUUUAUUAUUUUGAGAAAUUAUUUAGAGAUUAGUUAGAUAUUUUAAAGAAAACCAGUCCUGAUCUUGAGAUAUUAGAUAUAAUGUUGGGAAAUAAUCUUAAUUCUUUUGAGAUAAGAUAAGUUGUAAUCACUUUUUAUUUUGAGAUAAUAAGUUAAGUUCAAGUGACAAAAACAAGUAUCUCCAUUUUUGUCAAUUGUUAGUUUACUACAUAAUUUGACCACACAAACUGUCCCUCACACUGUGUCAAAAAAUAUUGAUAUACGGACCAAUAGAAACUCUUCAAAAUUACCUGAAAUAAACUCUUUUUACUUUACCUUCUAUUAAGGGAUAAGAAGGUUUUAUCUCUCUACUAUAAAGUUGUUGUUUUUUUGAGAUAUUAAAUAGCCUAGGGUACUGCCAGCCACCAGAGGGAGACACAGUUCUAUCCAGACCUUUGUUAUUUUUUUAUCUUUUUUUUUGGGUCUGAGACAGGUUGUUUUCACACAUACAGGUGCGUCUUAAAAAUUAGAAUAUCAUUGAAAAGCUACUUUAUUUCAGUUAAUCAGUUCAAAAUGUGAAACUUAUAUAUAAUAUAGAUGUAUUACACACAGAGUGAUCUAUUUUAAGCAUGUAUUUCUUUUACUGUACAAAAUUAGAAUAUUCUAUAAGACGAGUUGGUACUUUUGGCAGUGUGGGCAGUGUGCCAAGUCCUGCUGGAAAAUGAAAUCUGCAAGCAUAAAUCAUGAAGUGCUGUAAAAUCUUCUGGUAUACACUGCAAACCAUCACUGAUUGGUGGAAACUUCACACUAGACCUCAAGCAGCUUGGACUGUGUGUCUCUUUACUGAUGAUCAGUGAUGGUUUGGAGAGACAUGUCAUCUGCUGGUGUUGAUCCACUGUGUUUUAUUAUCAAGUCUAAAGUCAGUGCAGUUUUGUUUUCCCACAAAAUCUUACAGCACUUCAUGCUUCCCGCUGCUACUGACAACUUUUAUGGAGAUGUGGAUUUCAUUUUCCAGCAGGAUUUGGCACACUGCCCACACUGCCAAAAGUACCAGUUGGUCUUAUAUAAUAUUCUACUUUUUUGAGACACUGAUUUUUGGGUUUUUAUUAUCUGUAAGCCAUAAUUAUCAACAAUAAAAGAAAUAAACGCUUAAAAUAGA